AUGCGAAAUUCCCUUCUUUCAAUCUCGACAUCUGGCGUUCCGAGCAGCGCAUUUUACAUUUCAGCUGCACACUACCUAUUUGUGGAACCAGCAGCCAGUAAAGGUAUGUCCAAUUCGAUACGCCUUAGGGACGAAAAGAGCGUACGUAACAUUCGCGCGUUGGAGGUGUCCAUGGGCGGCGUUUAUCGAUUUGAAGUUAAAGUUCGCUCCACGCUCUUCCUGUCCCGUAAAAAAUGGGUUUUUAAACACGCUACGCCGCUGAGUGAGUCUCGAAAUGAUUAG